AUGAUUUAUUCUCGUUUUGUUCUUCUUUCAUUACGUAAAUGUAUUUUUCAUAUAAAACCUUCAUUUCGUUUAUCAUCUACAUCACGUCCUAUUUACUAUGAAUCGGUUUCUCGACUUGCAAAUCAAGUAGCAUUAGUUGAUCAUUCAUCUUCAUAUACUUAUGGUCAACUUUAUUCGUCUUCACGUAAACUUUCUCGUCGUCUUGUACCACUUUGUCAACAACAACAGCAGAAACUAACUGAUGAUGGACUUGAUAAGCGUAAUGUGCAACUUGGUAUUUUAUGUCCGAAUGAUGCUUCAUUUAUUAUUGCUAUGUGGGCUUCAUGGAUGGUUGGUGCAACUGUAGUCCCUUUGUCAUUGCAACAUCCACCGUCAUCACUUGCUUAUUUUCUUAAUGAUGCGCAAUGUCGAGGAGUCAUUGUCGGUGAUGAUCGUAGUCAUGAAUUAAUAAAAACAACAUUAGAAAACAAUUCACAAAUUGAUAUAUCUAUUAUAAAUAUCAAUAAAAAAAAUUUAUCAACAACAGUUACAUAUGAUGAUAUUAAUGACGAUCUUUUAUUAUCAACAACAAUUGAUCGUACUGAACGAUCAAAUGCUUUAAUUAUAUAUACAAGUGGAACAAGUGGUAGACCAAAAGGAUGUGUAUUAACAUUUGAUGCUGUUCAAGCACAUGUGGAUUCAAUGGUAAAAGCAUGGGGAUGGACCAAAGAUGAUGUUAUAUUACAUGUUUUACCACUUCAUCAUGUUCAUGGUCUUAUAAAUGCACUAUUAACCCCACUUUUUGUUGGUGCUACAAUUAUCAUGCUUCCACAUUUUGAUGCCUCUAAGGCAUGGGAAUAUUUAGUUCAACCUGGUUUUGAACAACAUGUAACAGUUUUCACAGCUGUACCUACCAUUUAUUCAAAACUUAUUCAUGAUUAUGAUGCUAAAUUAGCAUCACGUCCUCAAACAAGAGAUUUCGUUCGUGAACAAUGUUCACAAAUGAUUCGUUUAAUGAUGUGCGGUUCAGCUGCAUUACCCGAAAGUAUUCAUCGGCGAUGGUCUGAAAUAACUGGUCAUAGUCUUCUUGAGCGUUAUGGAAUGACAGAAUGUGGAAUGGCAUUAACAAAUCCAUUAAAUGGAGAAAGAAUUCCAGGCACUGUUGGUCGACCGAUGCCUGGUGUUGUUAUUCGAAUUGGACGAGAAAAUACAGCAUCACCAAUGGGUUAUGAAACAUUAUUAGAAGCUGAUACUAAUAAUACAAAAGUAGAAAUAAAAAAUGAACCAAUAGAAGGUGAACUUCUAAUUCAAAGUCCAACUUUAUUUAAAGAAUAUUGGCGAAAACGUAAUGAAACUCAUGCUACAUUUACAACAGAUGGUAGUUUUUUUAAAACCGGUGAUAUUUGUCGUUAUGAUCCAGAAAAAAAUGUUUUUUCAAUUCGUGGUAGACAAUCAAUGGAUAUAAUUAAACGUGCUGGUUAUAAAAUAUCAGCAUUAGAUAUUGAACGUAUUUUAUUAGAACAUAAAGAUAUUUUGGAAUGUUCAGUUAUUGGUAUUGAUGAUCCGACAUUUGGUCAAAAAAUAGUUGCUAUUAUUGUACCAAAAUCAUUAAAUAAUAUAACUGAUUUAACAAUCGAUACAAUACGUCAAUAUUGUAAACAAUAUUUACCAAAUUAUUCUUUACCAGAUUCUAUAACUAUUCUUGAUCAUAUACCUCGAAAUGCAAUGGGCAAAGUUAAUAAAAAAGAACUUGCUCGUUUAAUUGUUUAA